CUGCUUCAACGUCGUUGAAUUGAACGCGAGCGGGUUCAGGACGGUUCUGACCCGCGUGGGUUUGAGCGGGCUGCUAACCUCGUUUGGUGUGGUAUUAACCAUGCCACGGUGAUACUUGCUACGUUAGCAGGGAGACGUGGAUGAUGCUGAAAGGUUUCCUAGCGUUACCUUCUUGCAGCAAUGGCCUGAGGGACUCUGGACUGAAACCAAGACGCUGAUAUGCAGUGAGGAUGAGUGGAGUAGGUGAAAACCCAUCUGACCCUGCCAGGGCAGAGUCACGAAAACGCAAAGAAUGUUCUGCGGAACUCCUUGGACCCAGUCCAAAGCGGAGCAACGAGAAGCGCAACCGCGAGCACGAGAACAAAUACAUCGAGGAGCUCGCCGAGCUGAUCUUUGCCAACUUAAACGACAUCGACAACUUCAAUGUCAAGCCUGACAAAUGUGCAAUCCUGAAGGAAACUGUGAAGCAGAUCAGACAAAUAAAAGAGCAAGAAAAAGCUGCAGCAGCAAAUGAGGAGGAGGUACAGAAGGCUGAUGUCUCAUCAACAGGCCAAAGUGUGAUUGACAAAGAUGCCUUGGGACCAAUGAUGCUGGAGGCCCUGGACGGCUUCUUCUUUGUGGUGAACAUGGAGGGUAACAUCGUGUUUGUGUCUGAAAACGUGACCCAGUACCUGCGCUACAACCAGGAGGAGCUCAUGAACACCAGCGUCUACAGCGUGCUGCACGUCGGGGAUCAUGCCGAGUUCAUCAAGAACCUGUUGCCCAAAUCCCUCGUGAAUGGCGUCCCAUGGUCCAGCGAGAGUCCGAGGAGGAACAGUCACACAUUCAACUGCCGGAUGCUGGUCAAUCCCCACAGCGACAACCAGGACGAGCUACACGAGCCGCAGCAGCAGAAAUAUGAGACCAUGCAGUGUUUCGCCGUUUCGGAGCCCAAGUCCAUCAAGGAGGAAGGAGACGACUUUCAGUCAUGCCUGAUCUGUGUGGCUCGCAGGAUGCCAAUGAAGGAAAGACCCAUGCAUCCCACGCAUGAGAGCUUCACCACACGCCAAGACCUGCAAGGUAAGAUAACGUCCCUGGAUACCAGUCUGCUGCGGGCGUCCAUGAAGCCGGGCUGGGAGGACCUGGUGAGGCGCUGCAUCCAGAGGUUCCACCUACAGAACGACGGAGAGAUGUCUUUUGCCAAGAGACAUCAGCAGGAAGUGCUCCGCCAAGGCCAGGCAUUCAGCCCCAUCUACCGUUUCUCCCUGUCUGAUGGAACCAUCGUGUCAGCCCACACCAAGAGUAAACUGGUGCGCUCGCCCACUACCAAUGAACCCCAGCUCUACAUGUCCCUGCACAUUCUUCAGAGAGAGCAGACAGUAUGUGGAAUGGCCCAGGACAUGGGUCCUGGCAGUCAGGCCACGGGGAUGGCUCCCAAACCGAUGAAUUCCUCCACGCCCUCCAUGACUCCUCCAACCCCAGGCAGUUUGCCAGGUUCAGGGUCCCAGGGCCAAGACACGACCAUCAGCAGCAACAGUACGCCUUUUUCCUCUCCGGGCCCUGCGGGACCCAGAGAACCAGCAGCCAUGGGGGGCCAUAUGCAGGGCUACCGUUUUGGCUGUCCCCCACCCCAUAACCACACUGGGGGCAUGCAACCGCCACAGCAGGGCCCCAACUGGAGGAUGAACAGUCCCUCUCGCGCUAGCCCCAUCCCAGCCGGUGGACCCCAUCCACCUCAACAGAACUCUAUGCUGUCUCCCAGGCACAGAGGUAGUUCUGGGGGGGCGGGCAGCCCUCGUGUAGCAGGAGGCCUGCACGCACCCUCCCCGGUGGGGAUGUGUGGUGGAGGGCCUGGAGGUGCAGGUAGUAGUAGCACGGCUAGCGCCCAUGCUAACAGCUACACUAGUAGUUCUCUGUCAGCUCUGCAGGCCCUAAGUGAGUGCCACGGUGUAGGACACGGGCAUGGGGCCCCUCAUACACACGCACUAGGGUCCCCUGACCGAAAGAUAGGCUCCCCAGCUGGGGUCACACCAGGGUCAGGGGUGAACACUCAUCUGAUGUCAAAGCUUGGAGGAGGCAGUGGUACUGGUGGUGUGACAGGAGACUCAUUUGGAGAAGUUGGUCAGGGCCACACUCAGGGCCAGACGGAGAGCAACCUAGCUGAGCCCAAGGAGGAGAGGGAAGGGCCCCCUGAGGGCCACGAAGCUCACAAUCGUCUUCAUGACAACAAGGGCCACACCAAGCUCCUGCAACUGCUCACCACCAAGCCAGAGCCUCUGGAGACGCCCCUGUCUCCUGGAGGUGACGGUAAAGACCAGACAGGGGCUGGGGUCCGGGGUGGCCUGAAUGGAGGGAACACUCAUGCCACAUCCCUGAAGGAUAAACACAAGAUCCUCCACCAGCUGCUCCAGAACAGCACAUCUCCAGUAGACCUGGCCAAACUCACUGCAGAGGCCACAGGCAAAGAGACGGGCCAAGACCAAACCCAGGGGGCUGGGAGUACAGCUUCCGGGGCAGAAAUGUCUCUUAAGCAGGAGCCCUUGAGCCCUAAGAAGAAGGACAAUGCUCUACUACGCUACCUACUGGAUAAGGAUGACACUGGACUGAAGGACAAGGUACCUAAACUGGAGCCCGGGGAGGUGAAGGUCGAAGGAGGCAAACACCCUCUUGUGAAGACGGAGAAACAAGACACGGGAUAUGACCGGGCUGAACAGUCGUCGGAGCUGGAUGACAUCCUGAAUGACCUGCAGAAUGCUCAGCCACAGCUCUUCUGUGAGCCGCGGCCCGUUUCGUUGCCCAGUCCCAUGGACAAACAGAACAUCAUCAAUGACAUCCUGCAGAUGUCCGAGACCAAUGCCGCGGCAGCGCAGCAGCAACACAAGGGCAGCGGGACUGGCAUGGGCCCAACCAACUUUGCGGGAAUCCGACCAGGCCAGCCGGGAAGGGGUCUGCCUGUGAGGAGCGUGUCUCUGGACAUGAAUGUGUCCCCCCAGCAGUCUUCAUUACAGUACCCCAUAAGAGCCACAAGCCCAUACACUAUUAUGCAACAGCAAGGCAUGGUGGGAAGUCAUGGCAUGAUGGCUAACCAGGCCGGUAUGGUCAGCUCAGGACUGAUGGCUCCAGGGGGUCCACGUCCGGGCAUGCAGCAGCAGCAGCAGGAGGGCUGGGUGGGUUCAGCCUCUGCGCCUCCUCUGGGAGCGUCAGGCCCUGGGCAGCCAGUUCCCAUGCAAGCCAGGAUGGGGCCGAACGGUGCCCCGAUGAGGCCCAACAGCCAGCCAGGGCCCCGACCGAUGCUCCAGUCCCCAAUGAUGGCCAGUGCCCAACCUGAUAUGGAUAUUGGUACGGUCAGCCACCAUUUCCCCCAACAACAGGCUCCACCCAACCAGACAGCCCCCUGGCCGGACAACAUGAUGCCCAUCGACCAGACAGCUUUUGUUAACCAGACCAGGCCAGUGCACCCUGCGCAACAGGAUGAGUUGCUGUGUAGUACGGGUCACGGCUCUGGUGAUGGCAGUGCAGUAGACGAGGGGGCCCUGAUGUCCCAGCUGUACACUGCACUCAAAGAUUUUGAUGGCCUUGAGGAGAUCGAUCGUGCUCUCGGGAUCCCUGGUCUGGUAGAACAGAAUCAAUCAAUGGAGCCGGACCAGUUCACUCAGGACCCCUCCAUGUUAAUAGACCAAAAGCCCCCGAUGUACACCCAGCAAUUUGGUCCCCCACCACCCCACAUGGCCCAAAGGGGCUACCCAGGUGCCCCCAUGCAAGAUCAAGGCUUCCACCCCAUGUCUAACCAGAUAGGUCCACGCCCGGGUUACCCCAUGAUGAGGAUGCAGACCCGGCCCGGUCUUAGGCCUACUGGGGUGGUCCCCAACCAGCCCAACGCACUACGACUACAGCUCCAGCACCGGCUACAGUCACAGCAGAACCGUCAGCCAAUGAUGAGUCAGAUGAGUGGUGUGUCAAAUGUGAACCUUCCUCUUAGAGCCAGUGCGCCAAACCAGGGGACCAUCAAUGCUCAGAUGUUGGCCCAGCGCCAGCGGGAGCUGUUGAGUAAUCACCUGAGACAGAGGCAGCAGCAGCAGGCCCAGCAGGUUCAGCAGCAGAGGAGCAUGGCCAUGAGGGCCCAGGGUCUCAACCUGCCUCCCAACAUGGCUGGCGGAGGCAUGAGUAACCCCCGGAUCCCCCAGGCCAACCCUCAGCAGUUCCCCUAUCCGCCCAGCUACGGUACCAGUACAGGCCUGGCCUCGCCACCUCCCCCUACCAGCCCUUUCUCCUCUCCUCUCUCCCCCAGCCUGCCCUCUCCCCCCCCCAACCCUCAGCUCCACAUGCAUGGCACCUCCUCCUCCUCCUCUUCCUCCACCUCCUCCUCCUCACAGAUGAUGAUUGGAAACACAAACAUGAUGGGCGGACAGUACGGGGCCGUACUCAGCCCCCAAAUGCAGCACAGUGCCUUUCAGUUUCCCAACUCAGGUAUGAGCCAACAGGCAGACGGAGGCUUUGGAGGUCCGGGCACACCGCAGAGCCCCCUGCUGUCUCCCCGCAUGGCCCACACACAGUCCCCGAUGAUGCAGCAGAGCCAAGGAAACGCUGCUUUCCAGGGCUCCCCUGAUAUGAACGGCUGGCCACAAGGAAACAUAGGAGGCAACAGUAUGUUCUCGCAGCAGCAGGCAUCGCCGCAGUUCACCCAGCAGAGUAACAGCAACAUGUACAACGGAAAUGGCAUAAACCUCAACAACGUCUCCAUGGCCAGCAACGUGGCAACCAGCAGCAUGAGCCAGAUGGCGGGACAGAUGAGUGUCACGUCCAUGGCCUCAGGGCCCUCUCCCAGCUUGCCCUCCAUGGGGCAAGAACAGAAAUACUGUUGACCCUCAAGGAGUUCUGACCCUGAACCUCACUGAUCAGCUGGAGCAAGGAGUGCGUCGGCCCUUUAAGAAAUUGUACAAACAUGUAACCAACCGAUUGCCCCUUGAACCAGCCAGGCGGUGCCCUGACCUUGCCUCCCCAGCCCAUGAUGGCCGUCUGUCCUAUCUGGGCCCCUCCGGCUGCCCCGGAGGAGCCCAGAUAGGACAGACAAGCAGAGAGAAGAGGGCUGGGGAAGGAUGCCGGACUCGGUCCAACAUGCCUCGCCCUCCUGGAGGAGAGCGGGUGAUGAGCCAGUCUGUCCGCCUGUCCAGCUGCAUUCACCGUAGUGUGACUUACUGUAGGCCUCCUGGUGGGGGCGGCACCGACCUAAGGGGGCAGCAGUGGUUCGGGAUCCCUUGUUCUGAUGAAUGUAUUCCUCUCAGUGGACAGCGGCCAUUUACAAUCUCAUCUCAAAAAUGACGUACACUGAUUCUUCUUUUAUGUCCUAUUCUUCUCACAUUUGUGACAUUUCCACAUAGUUCCAAAAUGGCAGCAGAGACUCCAAGUGAUGCUCAACUUCAUGGAUGGAGCUCAAACACUUAGCCAGUUUUGCCUUUUUGCUGUUCUUUAUUUUAUUAUUAUUUUAGUUUUUGUUGUUUUUUCUUGUGAGAAUUAAGAUGUAGAAUGAAGAUGUGGUUGAAAAAAAUGACCUUGAAAACACUGCAGAAGAAUGGUUAGAGAGGAUUGGUGACUUGUAUGAUUAGACUAAUUUAGUCAAGAGGUUUAUAUAGUGUAUUAAAUUAAGUUUUAUUUUUCUGUAUAGAUUCAUUUUAAUUAUUGUAGAUGAUUAUCUUAGUAGCAAGAAGAAGAAAAGAAUUCUAAAAGUGUGAAAGAGGCACUUUUUAAAUAAUUUUAACAGUGAUGGUUGUAUUCUUUCUGAGAAGAUUCUUCUAUUAACAUGAAUAAUGGAUUAUACUUUGGUCCUUUUAGUUUCAGAAGAAGAUCUCAAAAUCAUAUAUGGUUUGAAAAUGAAUUUCAGAGAUUGUACAUACCAAUAAGUAAAACAUUGUCUUUCCUAUUUAUUUUAUUCUUUAGGGUUUGAUUCCCCGUCUGGUCACAACUGCCUCUCAAAGCAGAGAAGGUUUUAUUUUUUUUCGUUGUGUAGUGUUUCCGUAUAGUUUUUGGGGAAGUGGAGUGGGAGCCUUUACGAUCUGAUGUUCUGGUACGAUGCAGACGGGUGAGGGGGGGGGGGGGGGUGUGCUGUGUAUACAGUGUACAGAUUAUCGCUUGCUUCUCUGCCUUUAGCAUAGAAACGCCACAAAAAAAAGAGGGGAAAAAAACAUGUACAAGUUCAACACAGCCAUACAAUAACUCAACAAAAACAACAACAGAUGUGUGCUUUCUAUGUUGUCUGGAGUGAAAAGUGCUUCAUACAAGCUGCUAGGUGCAAACUGUUCUGGUGUGAUGUAAACGAGCAAUAACGAUUACUUGAGAAUCUCUUAGGUUUUUUUGUUGGUUUUUUUUGUCUUUUUGUUUUUGUAAUUUUUGUACAGUUUCCUGAAUAAAAAGGACACGUCUUUGCUCCACGUUUGGGUGCAGUAUUAAACACCGUUUUUUAUUGCAGUUUGUACCAAGAAAGUCGAGAUCCACACGCAGCGUUCCUAAUAGAUUAUGCAGCAUUGGCUGAGGCCGGCAGAGGGAAGUCGUUUGUGGUCCCCUUGUUGACACACGCCCUCUCUGCCUCCAGCCACUCGUCCAGAGCAGAGGUCAGAGUUAAGACGGCAUGGUUCAUGAGACCUGCUCUGACGGACAUUUAGCCAUAUUGUAUGACCUCAGGCACUUAGUUCAACUAUAAAGUGUUCCGUAAUGACUUGCUAUUCUUGUGCCCCUGAAGGGGCUCGGUUUGACCUUCACAAGAUGUUAAGCAAGUCAUCUUCUCUAACCUCAAAAGUACAUUUUCCUCAACAACAAAAAAGCGCACACCUUUUUAUAACUAUUUUAACCCAGGACAGACUUGGAGCAAGCCAAAUAAUCCUCACCUUUUUCAAUUGGAUUUCUGAAUUCUACCAGCUUUUAUUUUUAAAGUGAGACGACUUGUUGGUUAGCAUGCUUUGAGGCCCACGGAAAACAAGGAAUUAAUGAUGUCACUUAACAGGGUCCUAAUGUAGAAGUUGCAGCGUAAAACAAGGAGAGUCAUUCUGAAUGUAUUGUCAUGGAAGGCCUGAGGAUGUGACUGAUGGUGUUUAUCUCAACAUGUUGACAAUGUGGUGUUGUACAGUUGUACCUUGCUCUUCUCAGCAUUUCCAUAGGAAGUUGCCUGUUGUUGCUUCUUUUUGCUUCUUGUGUAAAUGGAAUUUGAAGCUGUAGCAAGUCAACUCUGGGUCAGACGUCUGCGUUCAUGUUGUGACUGUCAUCAUGGCUGACGUCCUGCAGUUGCCUUGCUGCGGGCAGACAGGAGAUCACUCUUUCAUUUGUUGAUAGAUGCUGUUUUGAUUGUAUCAUACAGUUGUGCAAAACAAGCCUUUUCGAGCCAUUUUAAAGAAUGAUUCACAGCCCUCUGCAAAUUUCCAAAGAUUGUCAAGAUUUUGAAAAGAUUUAAAGCCAUGUGGUAGCAAUGCAUUUUUUAGCAUUUAUAAUGAGGACGGGAGCAAAUAAAUGAUUUUGCCCCUUUACAAAUAUCCAGGCCUUUGACCCACUAAACAAAAGAAAUAUGUUGUUCUCUUUUAACUUAUGGUUUUGAAGAACUUUAAAUGCCCUUUUGUAUUGUCUGCCAAUUUCUUAGAGCUAAGAUGCAACCUUGAAAUGCUAAGAGCCCUAGCAUAAUGCCUUAGAUUUUGUCCGUUCUCGUUCUUGUACAUUACACCGCUGUCUGUAUAAAUUUGUAUUAUGACUUGUGUACAAUAUUGAAUGGGUGCAUCAUCGCUCGACUCUUCGCAGUUGCUGGAGACUCGGUCGCAGUUGAACUGUCCCUCACCAUUGCUCUCUGUUCUGUGUUGGAGUCAUUUCAUUUCCCCCCUCACUGUCUGUAUGGAAAAGAUAAUGCAUAGGGAUAUUGAAGCAAUAUGUAAUAUACUAUAUGGACUUUCUGAGGAAAGCUUACUGUUGUGUUCCCCCCCCAGAUUUUUUUUUCUGCAUUGUUCACAGGAAUCACACUGUAUACCUGCAUCCACCUUUGUAACCCAGUGUGUGUGAGCGUUUUAUGCAAAAUUAGAUAUACAAGAGAAGUUAAAACUACAGUUAUGCAAGUUGUGAACUAAUAUGGCUUCGCUGAUGCUAUUUGCCUUGUAAAUAAAGAAUUCUGUUAUUGCAGUA